AUGAACAUCGAUCAAGGCUACGAAGGAGACGAUGAAAGCGACGGUGAGCCACGAAAGAAGAAACCAAGAACGAUCGGUACACAUACCCCGAAGUCAUCAGAUGCCAGCGAUCACGUCGGCACAGUCAACAAGGCAGAUGAGAAUGGCAUCUGCAAUGCACGCAAACUAAAAGUAGAUUUCCUCGAUCUACCUGCAGAGAUUCGGAAAAAGCUCUACGACAUCUGGUGGGACGAGUCACCAAAAGAUUUCUCUAAAACAGGAUGGAACAUGUGCCGCCGCUGCACCAAGAUCAUCAAUUCCAAUUACGGCGGUGAAUCUGCCAGAUGGAAAGAAAUGCCCUGUCCCUGCAUUCCAAAGGAGGUCUACCCUCUGAGCCUCCGCCUCGUAUGCAAGCAGCUAUGGCGAGAGUCGACACCAUACUUUCUGCGUUUUCAACGGGCCUCUGUGUUGAGGAUCAACUUUCAGGACAACUUUGAGGAUGGAGAGGCUCCUUUGGAUCAUGGCCGUGUGCGAUCUGACUGCUAUGUUGAGACAGAGUGGACACUCGGAGGCUGUAGAAAAGAGCAACAGGGCUCCUACGAUGACGACUUUGCUGUCACCUGGCAUCCUGAGAAGUGGUUCACAAUGGCUGGCCCAAUUACUCCACGCAAACCCCUGCUCAAGGGUGACGAGAGUGAUCUCCUCCCGGCGGACAGUCCAGUCAUAACCAAAGAUGCGCUCUCAGUCCUUGCUUGGGGCACACAGUUGAUGAGCCGAUUGAAGUCAAUGCCGCUCAAGGAGAAAGAGGCCCUACUGAACUUCUACCACCGCUGUACCGUUGCGGCAGCGGAUUCGAACAACGUCGAGAUCGUCUCAGACCCACAAGUAAACGAUGAUGAGGGUGAAGAGGAGGACUCAGACACUCAGAGUGACUCCUACUCGGAUUCCGAUGGUGACUUUGUCGGCAGCAAUCUUGGCCUGACACGUUCGAAGAGUCGUGGCCGCAAGGCAGGAAAGGAAGAUGAGAUUUCCGACGGCAUUCGGCCUUGCUGCACUUGUAUAUGCUGGAGGACCGGAGUACAACUUCAUUCUUCACUACUCGCGAAAGCGUGCCAGACUACCAUCCGCCACAGAAUCCAAGCCAACAUGCCUGCGUCAUGA